AUGCGGACGUCGAGAGUAUCUCGAGAGACUGCUCAGGUAGUGAAUGCUCUGUCGUCACGAGGUUCGAAUGGCAAUGCGCCCAGACGCUCCCUGCGUAACUUCGCACAUAACGCAGAUGUGAAAUACGCCCAAGAUGAAGAUGAAGGGAGCUCGGAUUUGUCUUCGCUCCCCUCGAGUGCUUCUCUGUCAAGUGCAUCCCCAUCGCCUCCCCCUUCAGGUCGCAAACGCAAGCGUACAGUCAAGACCGAAGUCCUCUCUCCUAAUCCCUCGGCCGCGAACCGCAACACCAAUCUGCUAAAAACGACGAAGCGACAGCCUGCUAAGCGCAUCAAAGGCGAGAAUGGCCGUGUCGAACCUCCGCCCAAUUGGGAGCAAAUGUAUAGCAUGACGGCUGAAAUGCGCAAGAAAGUCCUCGCUCCAGUCGAUACCAUGGGCUGCGAGUCGCUGGCCGAGCGUGACCGCUCUCCAAUCGACCGACGACUGCAAACACUGAUUGCGCUGAUGCUGAGUUCGCAAACGAAAGAUACAGUCACUGCUGUUGCUAUGAAGACUUUACAAGAGAAUCUCGAAGGAGGCUUCAAUCUUGCUGCACUGCUCACAGUCGAGCCAGCACGUCUCAAUGAGCUGAUUGCAAAGGUCGGCUUUCACAACAACAAGACCAAAUACAUCAAGGCGACUGCGGAAAUUCUUCGUGACAAAUUCAAUGGCGACAUCCCAGACACGAUAGAAGGUCUGGUUUCACUACCUGGAGUUGGUCCAAAGAUGGCCUAUUUGACCAUGUCUGCUGCAUGGGGUCGCGACGAGGGCAUUGGCGUCGAUGUGCAUGUCCACCGCAUCACCAACCUUUGGGGCUGGCACAAAACUCGCAACCCUGAGGAAACUCGAGCAGAACUUGAGAGCUGGCUUCCAAAAGAUAAGUGGCACGAAAUAAACCAUCUCCUUGUCGGAUUUGGACAGACUAUAUGUUUACCUGUUGGUCGAAAGUGUAAUGAGUGCACUUUGGCAACCGAGGGACUGUGCCCGAGUGCUGUUAUCAAGAAAGAGGUUACGAAGAGGGUGAAGAAGAUGGAGGACGAGGACGGAGUCAAGACCGAGAUCGAACCAGUUGUCAAGGAAGAGAAGGCUGAUGAAGAUGCGCCUCCGCUGGACAUCCCGCUUGCUGGUGCUGGUAUUGUGCCAGAUAUCGAGGGCAUGGGUGCAGGGAUCAAGAGUGAGGAAGUGUGA